AUGCCGCGAAAUUCCAAAGAACAAGUCGAUGAUGAUCGUGAUCAUCAUGCAAAUGUUUCGAAUGUCACGACCAUUGCUCAAAAUGAAUUAUUGUUGCAUGGAGGAGUUUCCAUUCCGCCAGAAUUAUGGUUGCACAUGGCACAAUAUAUCGGAUCAUUGAAAGACUUGCUAUCUUUUGCAUUGUGUCAUUCUCACUUGUUGCAACUUUUAUUUAAUCAAAAUUUAAAAUUGAAAACAACGACCAGCAGUGAAUUCAUUUUACAAAUGUCACCAACUGCUUUGCAAAUGAAAUUUGGAAAAGUUGAUAAAUCUCAAUGGAACCAAAUGUUGAUGAAUGAAAAUGAUUUGUUUCAAGUCACUCAACAACAAGUUUGGAAAAGUUUGGUGUGUUAUUAUUUUCCAAAUUUUGAAAAGUCGUUGAAUGUGAAAAAUUGGAUGCAUGUUUUGAAACGACGAAUUCAACAUUUGAAGCUUUACACUCCUCAAUUGCUUCCUUUAAAACCUCAAAUUUCCUCAGCACAUUUUACACUUGUUUCUUUCACUGAUUUAUUUAUUCCAAAGGGAGACGACUUAUUUAUUGAGAACUGUGAAUGGAUUUACAAAUGUCCUUUGAAAUAUGAAGAACUCAACGAAGGGAAUCACAUCAUCAAAGGAUCCUCUCAAAAUUUACCAGACAUUCAAUUUUGUUCUGUCUGUUCCAAGAAUGUGUAUUUAGUGAGAAAUCAGGUCGAGUUGAAAGAUCAUGUUCUGAAAGGAAAUUGUGUGGCAUAUACAAGCGAACCAAAACAAGUAUUUCCUCGUUUGAUGGGAAGUAUUGCAUAUAAUCCUCGCUUUCCUCAGCAACCAACAGCCUUACGUUGA